CCGGCGGCUCGGCACCCGCUGCCCGCCGAGCGGCUCUGCCCCGCCAUGGAGCAGGGGCCGGCUGGGGCGCCCGCCGCCGUGGCCGCCGCGGGCGUGCUGGUGCCUCUGAGCGAGAGCGAGCAACAGCGCUACUCGGAGCUCUUCUCGCGGUGCUGCCCGCCCCCCGAGGCGGCCGCCGGGGGCAGCAGCGUGGGGGAAUUGUUCCGGGCCUCACAGCUGCCCCCGGACACUCUGCACCAGAUCACAGAAGUUUGUGGAGCCAAACGUGUGGGCUAUUUUGGUCCUGCUCAGUUUUACAUUGCUUUGAAGUUAAUUGCGGCAGCGCAGUCAGGGUUCCCAGUACGGAUUGAGAGCAUUAAGAAUGAAUUGCCUCUGCCACGGUUCAUGGCGCUGAAAAAUGACAGCGAAGUACGCUAUGGGACUCCAGCAGAGCUCCAUGGGGCUAAGUUUCAGUCUCCACACGCAACUCUGGAAAAAAAUUCCUUCAAAAGAACAGAUGAAGGAGACAAACAGCAGGAACCCAAGUCUCCACCAAUGUCUCCGAUCUGUUCACCUCCUGCUUCUCCGUCUACCUACCAGAGAAUACCCUUAACUUACGGAUAUGGUAAAUCAAGAAGUGGGCUGGAGCAGCAGCAUGGAGCUCCCUAUGAAGUCAGACACUCUACUCACCAGCAAGAUGGAUCAUCAUCAGGGAAUUAUGGGGCCAAACCUGCUCUCUCAUGUUCAACUCUUAGCCGGUCUCUUUCAGUGGAGCGGGAGCAGCCGGACAGCAGUGCCCAUUACUCAGAUGACCCUUGGAGGAUAACCGAGGAGCAGCGAGACUACUAUGUCAACCAGUUCAAGUCCCUGCAGCCUGAUCUGAACUCUUUUAUUUCAGGUUCUGUGGCAAAGAAUUUCUUCACGAAAUCAAAGCUGCCCAUCCCAGAGCUUUCUCACAUCUGGGAGCUCAGCGACGUGGAUUGCGAUGGGGCGUUGACACUCCCUGAGUUUUGUGCUGCUUUCCAUCUGGUGGUUGCAAGGAAGAAUGGUUACCAGUUGCCUGAGACACUGCCUGAGACACUGCUGCCGGACUACCUCCAAGCAGCCUCCUUGAAGCCUCUGCGUGAGUGUGCGCUGUUUGAUUCUUACUCUGAAGCAUUGCCUGGCGGCCAGCCAACUCGGGACUUCAGCCGGAUGGAGAAGGCAUCAGCUGAAGAGGUACCUGAUAAUUUUGCCCUGAUAAAAGAUACGAGCAAAGAUGACAAACAAGCUCUUAAAGUAAGCACUGCUGUCAAAGUGAUACCAAAGGAAUUUCAGCACUUGACUGUGAAAACAGCUGCUCAGGAACCUCAUGCACUUAAAGCCAGGCCCAGAUCCAGGUCUUAUUCUAGCACAUCCAUAGAAGAUGCCAUGAAAAAGGGAGAAGAGCCCCCUACUCCACCUCCAAGGCCACAGAAGUCACAUUCCAGAGCUUCCUCUUUGGAUCUGAACAAAAUAUUUCAACAAAACACACAAGCUGUGAGGUCUGGCUGGCUGCCCCCACCACCACCCGCGCUGCCCCCUCGACCUUCUGUAUCUCAGACAGAGCAAGUAUCUGAGAUUGAAUUACAUCCUCAGAUGAAUAGACCCCCAUCCCAGACAGAAGAAAACAGCUCAGCAAAAAAGGAGGUUGUUCUUGCUCAACCGCCCUCCAAACCGGCCCGCAGGAAGCUCCGGACAGAGGUGCAGGGGCUGGAGACCCCUGAGCUUUCUCCUACCGUAAAUGUGACCUCUUCCCAGCCAGCAGCAAAGCCUCACCUUCCAGUCCAAAAACAGACUUCCAAGCAGAAAAGGGCUAUUCAGACUGCUAUACGAAAAAACAAAGAAGCCAAUGCUGUGCUCGCCAGGUUAAACAGUGAGCUCCAGCAGCAGCUGAAGGAGGUCCAUAAGGAACGAAUUGCCUUGGAAACGCAGCUGGAGCAGCUACGCCCUGUAACUGUCUUGUGACCUCCAGCACACUGCACAGCAGCAGAGCGUGUGCACCAAUGGCCUUGCAGCCACCAAGGUGACAUGGUGGGUCCCCGGCUUGCCCUCCACACCCUGCUGCACCUGCUUGCCUCUGUAGAUGGGGAAGGUACAGAAAGCAAAUACCAAACUGUCAGAUGGCUCUGGGCAGGUGCUUUGCCCUCUUCUCUCCCUCUUCCUAACCUAACGUGUAAAUGCAGUUUGCCACUGAAAUGAAUGAGAGUAUUUUAUUUAUGCCAAGAGCCCCUGAUUUAUGCAUAUUCUUGCAACGCCUCCUAUCCUGAAUGUUAAGAGGUACAUAAUUCCAGAAUUGGUGUUUAAAUGUAAAACCCAUCCUCUGAGAUGGGUUCCUGGAUGUUACCAGCUCCUGUAGGGUGGUAGAGGACGUGUGGAUUGAAAGCACAGCAGGAAUCCAACUCGUUAGACGAAAAGAGUCUCUAUCCACAAUCAUGUGUCAGAUAAUUAUUUUCUUAGUGCUGUUUAUUAUUCAAUCACAGAUGUAUUUUAAUGUUAGAGAACUUGUAUUUUAUAAGUUACAAUUCAUAAGAGAGAACAGUAAAAAUAUUAAAUUUUUAUUAUUUUGGAAAUUACAAAAAAAAAAAUCUGUAUUUGAGCUAUAACUCUUUCCUAUCACCCAUAUUUGAUCACUUGCUUGCAACUGACGGUGUCUCUGCAUAAAAAAAUUUCUUCAAACCAACAGUGUAUUUCUAACAAGAGGUUAAAAAUGCAUUCUGGGCAUUUUUGUAAAAGCUAUCCUAAGUAUAUUUGUAUUGGUCUGCUUUGUUGUUUUAACAGCUGCUAGUUUGUUUUAAGGACAUGUGUAGGAACUGUAUUUCCAAAAGAAGAGAGAGAUCAAAACUGCUGCACAUGAGAUUGCAAAGUGAAUGAUGGAACCAAUUGCUUUGUACAGCAGGCUUUCAUUCAGGUUCUGUUGCACCUCAUUGAAGAUACCACUGAUAGGAUGAAGCUGCUAAUGCCCAUCUGGUUUUCAAAUGAAGAAACAAAGAUUAUUAUUAUUGUUGUUGUUGUUGUUGUUUUUACCUGGUCUGCUCCAAGGCCAAUUGAACUCCAUGGAGAAUUUUCAUGGAUGCAGUGGUCAUUGGCUUUAAUCUCAGUUCUUGUGAUGGAAGCUUCUAAUUAAUGUUGCUUUAUCUCUUAAGGGGCCAAUAUUCUUAUACUGAGUGAUUUCAGAGAUAUUAUCAACCUUGCUCCUUUCAUGGAUAUGAUAUGUGCUGUGCUGCUAGGGUAUGUCACCUACUUGUUAGUCAUCUUAAACACAAUGCUGCUUAUGUUUCAUAUCCAGUUGUUCAUUGACUUAAUAUAAGAAUACACUUUGCAAAAACUGUGCACCAGAUCGGGGGGGUUUUUUGGACCAUUUUUGGUCUUAUACAUUCUCCCAUUAGCUAUAUGAUGGCUUUGGGGUAGGGAGGAAGGAGGAGCAAAUUUGAAAUAAGUAGGUGGCCUCCCUUUGGGGUGUGUCAUAGCAUGGCUGCAGUGAGAUAUCAGGGGGCAUCAGAGCAGCCAAGAGUUUUGUUUAGAGAUAAAUAAGAAUGACGUCAACAGGAAAGUGUAAAGUGAUGAGGAAACACAUUAUUUUUGCUGCAAUGGUUGCAGAUGUGGGAUGUGGAUCCAGAAGUCUAAAGGUGACUUUAGUCUAAACACUUAUUGCAGAAUUGUUAACAAAAAUCUGUUUCUAUAACACAUUGCUUUUGAUUCAACUAAACGUCACUGUGUGAAUGAGCAACAGCCUUUUCUCUGGAUUUGGAACUUUUUUAGUGGGACUGUUGCUUAGAUGGAGUCAGGUGGUCAUUUCUGAUCAGUGACAAACUGUGAGAGCUGCAGACUCCUGGGAAGCUGCAGAAGAGCUAUUGUCCUUGUGCUAUCAGUGGUGCUGUUUGAAAACUAACAUUGUUUAUUUGUAACAUUGAGUCUUUCCUGAAAUUUUAUUUAGGUUAAGUGCUCUUCUGUGUUUGCAUUUUAGUUCUCGUGUUGCGUUUGGUUAAUAAACCCCUGCUAUUAAAUUGGAAAUAACCGUAUGGCACCUUUUGUUGUUUUUUUUUUAUGUGUGAUUUUUGAGAAAAGCUUUUCAAUGAUUCUAAAGAAAAAAUAUGCAUGUUGCAUUUUUAAGAUGGUGAGUGACUAUUUCAUGUUUAAUAGGGACUUCCUCUGCUGUCAUCCUCCAUUUACUUCACUUGAGUUAUUCAUUGAAUAGGUAGUGUUCCAAAGAAUCAUAGAAUCAUAGAAUGGCCUGGGUUGAAAAGGACCACAAUGAUCAUCUAGUUUCAAUCCCCCUUGCUAUGUGCAGAGUUGCCAACCAGCAGACCAGGCUGCCCAGAGCCACAUCCAGCCUGGCCUUGAAUGCCUCCAGGGAUGGGGCAUCCACAACCUCCUUGGGCAACCUGUUCCAGUGCGUCACCACCCUCUGUGUGGAAAGCUUUCUCCUAAUAUCUGAAAGUACAGAAGUCUGUUUUCUGUCUUUUUCCACCUGAAGUACCUGAUUACCAACAAAGAAGUAGAUACUUAGUUGUUAGUCUACCAUAGGACUUAGUAAAUUUAUAACGUCACUGUCACUGAGGUUAGAUUUUGAGAGGUGCAAUCAAAUGCCAUGCUUAGCUUUAAGGCCUAUAAUAUGAGUUCGUUCAUAUUCUGUAUGGUGUGGUAUUUGCUGUGAUGAUACAGUAGUUGACAUGGAGACCAAAACUGGAUAUUCAAGGAGAAAUAUUGGUAUGUUAUGCAUAUGUUGCCUGAAAACAUUCUUCUGUGUUUCUUAGUCCUUAAAUAUUUGUGAUAUCCCAUACAAAAUAAUAAAGCUUCCCUACUUUUGGGAGGCUGUUAACAUUUUGAGAGAGACAGGAGAAGGCAUAAUAAAGCUGUGUUUCUGACAGUUGUUUCAUGCAGCUAUGCCCAUGGCUACUAUUAACAGACCCUGACUGGUCAAAAUUCACAUCUAAAUCCAGUACUGCAAAUUUACCGAUCACAGGAAAGUGAUCAGCUUUAAGCCCCUGGUGUUCCUGGACUAGAACAGAAGUUGGGACCUGCUUGUGCUUAACUAUGGAGCAAGAGCAGCUUCCCACACACCAAAUCUUGCUUUCCUUAAUCCACUUUUUCUGUAAGCAUUAGUACAAAGUAGAGUAUCUCCAGCAAGGUAGGAUAACCAAGAAGAGAAGCUAGAACAUAGCUUCCUAACAUCUGGGAGAAUGCACUGACCAUGCAAGGUGCCCCUUUUUAUGUCUUUGCUUUCUUAUUAGCUAUUCCAGUUUGGACAAUUAAAUAGUUUUGUCCACAAGACAAGACUGGGCAGGGCAAGGUCCUAACGAGCCUAUUGCACAUCCCAGAUAAAGAUCUUCCUCAGAGUGAGAUUGCAUGUGUAAGUGUUCACUUACAUAUCAUAGAAUCAUAGGUUGGAAGACCUCUAAGAUCAUCCGGUCCAACAAUCCACCAGUAUUUCCUACUAAGCCAUGUUCCUCAGUACAGCAUCUAAAUGUUGUAUCUAAAAUGAUCGUGCACUUCUUUAUGGAUCUGUUUGUGUUUGUUACACCUGAUAAUUUUCUGUGUUUGUUUCAGUAUGUGGUAAUUCAGUUUUGAAAGAGAAAGAAUGCUGAGCUAAGUACAGUGAAUGGUUACCUUCAUAGAUCAAGCCAUCUUUAUUUGAGCCUUUAAAUAUAAACAGUGACUUGAUAAUUAUGCAAGGUAAACAGUUUCCAUUUCAAAAGCAUUCGUUUGAACAAACUGUCUGAGAAAAAAAAAAUCAGUCCUUGCUGAUCAAUGCCCUUCUCCUAUUUAUUAAAUUAAUACUAGAUAGAAUGCAGAGGAAACUGUAUCACCUCUUUCCCGAGUGUUCUCCUCUUCCAUAGAGUUUUGCUGAUGUAGCAAAAAUGUUAAAGAAUUAGUAGAUCAAGUCCUGUUGUUGGUAAGUUGGCAAAUAUCCUUCUCAACUCACAAGAUUGUCUCUGAACUUUUCCUGUGUGUACAGCAGUACUGUUACUGCUAGGAACUCUGUAGCCAUGCUGGAGAGAGGAACUUGCCCAGCUUUCAUCGAUGUGUGAAGAGCUCAGUGCUGUCAGGGCUGACCAGUGCAGGGCGAUGAUGACUCAGGCUGAAAAUAACUCCACUGGAAUGGCUGGGGUUGGAAGACUUCACACGAGCAUUUAGGGUGGACAUGAUAAGGAGAUUGCCUUUCACUGGUAUGUAAGCUGCCUUCCUCCCUCUGGGGCUCCAGGAUAAGAGAAAGACAGGCUGGAAGAUUCAAGCCAGGGGUUGAGGGGGUCUCUUUUUUCCAGCACCAUCAGUCCUUUGUCCUUGACAAGAAAAUACAUGGAAUUAUGAAAGUCAGAUGGGAAAGAGGCCCUAGUUAAGUCACAUAUUUUAUUGACUGAAGAGUAAAACUAUUUUUUUAGGAAAAAGAUCUCCAAAUGAUGUAGUACCUUUGAGAAGAAAUUAUGUACUUUAAGGCUUUUUCCAGUUAUCUUCUUGAUAAUGUGCUAUGAACAUAUGCAUUAUGUUUUACUCUGUUACUGAUUUUUUAAUGCAAAAAUGGUAUUGCAAGCAUUAUCGUUAUUAAUCUAAAAAAAUACCCUGAAGCUAUUAUAUAUUUGAAUUUAAACUUAUGAAGUAGAUAGCCAGAUUUAAGCAAUUUGUUUUCACAGCUGCAGAAUGUCCAUGUGGUAAGCUACGAAAUGUAUAGCACUCUAUACUAUGCCCAUCUAAUUUUGGAAAAUGUAUGCGAUAUGGAACUGGGUGCUACAUUAAAAUAAAAGUGUCCAAUAACUUCA